AUAAUAAAGAGGCACAUUGUACCAGCCAGUGAUAGGCGUAUAUAUAUAUCGACGCUGUAUUUCGGGCAGAUUAUUUAUUGAAACGUAGUGUUCAUGUUGGUUUCGGACGAUCUUCAUCUGCAAACGUAAGGAUAUUAACCAACAUAUUUCGUGGAAGGAUAACAGAAAUUGAUUGAAUUGAAUAAAAUGGCGGAAAUGAAAAGCGCCCCCUACGACCAAACACCCAGCGCUCCAUACGAUAGCACUGCCAGCGGGAACAACGCCUAUACGUACGGAAACGCUGGGUAUUCCACAGGCCCCCCAGCCCCAAGUGGUGGAGGUGUAGCUCCCCCUCCAUACCCACAUCACACUGUACCGGUGGUGCAAACGGUCACUGUUGGGGUGCCAAUCGCUACGACUAUUCACAGACAGGGUGCCCCUCCUUUGCCUGAGAAGUAUAUAAUUCAUAACAUCCUCGUGCUCCUCUUUUGCUGUCUAUUAUUCGGUAUCAUAGGAGUCAUUAAGGGUUCGCAGGUUGAUUCUCUGUAUAUCCAAGGCCAUUAUGAAGCGGCUCAGGUUGCCUCUCUCUCUGCCAGGCGAUGGUAUCUCUGGGGUCUCUGGUUCGGAAUUAUUGUGUACGCUGUCUUUCUGGUUACUUUCUUGAUCAUUAUCUUAAUUUAGCGGCUUAAGAAAAGACAGCGAGUAUUUACAGUCGCCCAUAUCCCAACUGUAAAGAACACAAUGUCCCACAGAACACUGCAAAUACACCGGUGUUGAUUUUAACACCAGUCCAUAUCUAUAUCGGUUUACACCAGAGAAGCGUUGAAAAACACCAGUUAAGAAUCAAACCGAUAUUGGUUUAACACUAUGCCAGAUUGGUGUUAGCCUGACGCGAAACCGGUUUUUGUUUCAACACCUCUCCGAUGUGGACUGAUCGAUGUAGAUACCUGGCUGGUGUUAAAUUAACACCAGCGUUUUUGCAGUGUAUGUACCAUAGUGUAGUGUGUCCAUAGUGUGGAACACAAUGUGAAGUCAUCUUCACACUGUCAUAUAUUUUAGCAUUUUAACAGUGUAAAAAAUAAAUUUAUAUAUAUAUAGUCCACUAUGUGAACACACUGUGAUCACACCGUGCGACACUGUGUUUUUUUCCAGCAGGGUAUACUCUGAAGUCGGGUUCAAACUUUAAAACAAACAUCGAGACUUGUUAAGGGUCUUAUACAAGACACUGAGAAUUAAAUAGACAAUAAGGAAGCUUAUAUAUACGACAUCGACCGCCCUUUCACACGGUAAAAAAAAAUCGUAAUUUGAAUGAUGAUUCCAGUGGAAAAUAAGGCCAAUGACGAAUAUUUAGCACGUGUGAAACCAAAUUUGAACAUGAUUAGAAUCACGAACGCUAAUCACAGUCACGAUUACAAUAGCAAUCAUCAUUACAAUGGUGAUUCAAAAUUCACGUGUGGAAAGGCCCCGAGACUUCAAUACAAGACACCGAGACAACGAUUCACCGAAACUUAAUGAGAAGACACUGAGAAUUAGAUUAAAAUAUUUAGAACCGGGGCCCACUUUUUUUCCAAACCGUGUACCAAAGAUUAAAAAUUAAUCUGAUGUGAUUUUUCAUGGUCAGCCCCCGACACUUUUACACAACCCUUCCCCCCCCCCCAUUUUCUAAGACGGUUCUGUGGCCCCGCAUUGUAUUCGAGUUAACCACACUCUUUCGGUAUAGCGAUUAAGAUAGACGUGUGUAAUGAUACUAUAUGCUUGUAAAUACUUCAUUGCCAAUAUUUGUCGUUUGCACAGAGAGAUUGUAAAAUUGAUUGACCAAACAUCAAAGCCUUGUUUUUCAUAAUAAUAUAUUUUGUUAAUAGGAAAGGAUAUAUCAGUCGUGUAUUUGUGGUUUUUUAUUCAGUUGAUCAUAGCUUGAAUACUUAACCUUACUCUUAAAGGACAUGUCCACCCAACAAAAAGUUGGUUUGAAUAAAAAGAGAAAAAUCCAACAAGCAUAACACUGAAAAUUUCAUCAAAAUCGGAUGUAAAAUAAGAAAGUUAUGACAUUUUAAAGUUUCACUUAAUUUCACAAAACAGUUAUAUGCACAUCGUGGCCAGUAUGCAAAUGAGAGACUGAUGACGUCAUCCACUCACUAUUCCUUUUGUAUUUUAUUAUUUGAUAUAUGAAAUAUUAUAAUUUUCUCCUCAUUGUCAAGUGAAACAAUGAUUAAUUCCUCCCUGAACAUGUGGAAUUAGCAUUGUUUAAUACUCUAUGGUUUAGUCAAGUGGGUCCUUAUUGUCAAAUUUGUAAAAAAUCAAAUAUUGUAUAAUUCAAACAAUAAAAAACAAAAGAAAUAGUGAGUGAUGGACAUCAUCACUGAGUUGUGCAUAUCACUGUUUUGUGAAAAAUAGCGAAACUUUAAAAUACCAUAACUUUCUCAUUUUACAUCCGAUUUCGAUGAAAUUUUCAGUGUUAUGCUAGUUUGAUUUUUCUCUAUUUAUUCAAAUCAACAUUUUUUUGGGGUGGACUUGUCCUUUAAUGAUUAUAAAAGUAUCCACUCUGUUGAGAGAGAAAAUCUAUAUUUCAUAUUGAAUGACAUGUAUAUAUAAAAGACAUUUAGAUAGUGGUUUCC